GGGGAGACGGAUGCUGGCGCUGCGAGAGAUGCCGGGAACGGAUGCGUCAGACAUUCCCAUCCCCAUCUCUACCGCCGUAUGGUUGAAUAGAGGGUGUGUUUUCCCCGCCCGAGAAAGCUGACACGUCGACUUGGAUGCCGACUUGGAUGUUGAUGGAUGGAUAGGGAUCCUAAGAGGGCUCCUUUAAUCUCUCCUCCCUCGCCCAUGCGAUAUAUCCCCUGCUCUAGACAGCUGCAUCCCCUGCUACCGUCAGUGUAUACCCUGCUACCGGCGCAAUAGUAGCGGCUGGCGUGUAUGUCUUCCCUCCCCUUCCAGGAACAGCCACAUUAUCCGAGAGCAGGCGAUCGGCGCUUUGGGAGCUGGGAUCGGCGUGGGUGCCCGGUUAUCGCGAGAUGCGCUAUAGCGUGGCUUCGUUUGCGUGAGCGUUUGUGUUGUUGUUGUGGCAGUGGUUAUGCAGAUCUGGAUUGCCCUCAAUGUCUCGUGGUUAUGGGCGUGUUUGUCGUCUCGCAGCUGACAUCUGUCUCCGAUCAGCUCGCCUUGUCCUGUCGUGUCUCGCUCAUGUCUCUCUUCCCCUCAAAUUAUUUGUGAAAUCGCGAAAAUGCACAAUUUCUCAGGGUUCUAUUGGACCCUGGACACACCUGGACAAUGACAAUAGCCGUGGAGCAACAGAGUGUGAUUGAGACUGUGGCACCUGCAUAUUUGUUGCUCUGAUCCCUACCUCAACUCCACUACCACUCUGCUAACUUCUGUGCGCCAUUCCCUCUGCCACGCUGUGGGCGUCGUCGAGCUAUUUUCCAUGCUGGUAGCUGGUGCCACUGUUAAUCUCUCCAGGCGAUAGACGGGCAAUAACAAAAUAACCACUUUGAUCCCUCGUCCGUUUGAGAGUCCUGGUAACGAUUGGUACGACGGUAUUCCAUGCUUUAUACUGUUUGUGCAUGCGAUACUGACACAAUUGUAACAUAACUGUGCCUUCAACCGACUUGAAUCAACCUGUCUCGUACUUGUAGCUCUGUUUGUGGAUGGCGCGGGUGCCCUUUAAACUAGUUCAACUUCCCCUCCGCACAGUAGUUGUAUUAGUAGUUAGGCCUCGACCCGUCACCAAUUGCCGUCAUCUUCUCCAUUGUUACUGUCGCUGUCAUCUGUCAUUGUCCUUGUCGUCGUCGUUGUUAAUGAUAAUAUACUACCAAUCUGCUGCUUCUCGCCAGUGACUGUAGGCCUGACAGCUCACUCUCAGCUCCUGCUGGUAUGCGCCCUCCUCCAGCUGAUGCAUGACUACGCACGUGUUGCCCGCUCGCCUCUCCAUGAAUAAUAUCGGCUUCCCUGUAUUGCUUCUUCUCGAGAGACCAUGGAUUGCGACGAACCACACUAUCCUGACAAAUCGAGCAACCUUCACGCCCACCGACUCGACCAUACUCCCAGCAAGCUUCCCGCCUUCAGGUUUGCCGAUUUACAACGAUCACACACGCUACCCGACUCCUCCCUGACUGCUCCUGCUACUACUCCGCGUUCCCACAUCAACCGAUCCGUCUCCGACACAGCUGUACAGCGCAUCACGACAAAGUCGCAGACCACAUCGCCGCGCGAACAGGAACGCGCACUAGCUAAUUCUACCGAACCUCGUACCACCAGCUACCCGCCCAACAGCUCCUCCAAGGUCCAGGAACCGAGAAGAGGCCGAAGGCCGCCCGCAUCGCGUAGCAGCAAUGGUAUCGAGACGCACACCGGCCCACCACCUGCUCUGAGUACACAGCACUCGUUCCCACCCGAAUCGCCUGUCCGGCCGCCGAACACAUCAACGACACAGUGGGCAUUGGCCCAGCAGAAACUCACUCUAGGAAACCUGCAGUCUACCCUGCCGGCUGCGGGCCCAGAACCCACAAAGGAUAGUAGAACGCCACAAAGGAAGAAGACUGUGAGCUUGCCGACGACAGAAACUCGGCCGCGGAUACCGCCUAUUCGAUCGUUCAGAUCGUCUGCGACUCGCACAUCGCUAGGGAUGGAUAGCAGGCCUUACUACCAGUAUGACGGAGCGGAUGACCGCGAGGACCGCGACCAGACUUUAAGGGCUUUGGAGGGUUACGAGGAUAAUAGCAGGAGAGAUACGUUUUCGAGGGAGCAAGAGUAUCGUGAUCAGACUCGCAACAAUGGCGGGACGGAGGAUCUGUUUCUCGACCUUGCGCUGGACGACUUAUCGCACGGCUACCCGCAAGACCAGCCCACCACCACAACUAAUAGGCGCACUUCCCGUAUCGCGCUCCCCAAUAAUCGCUCGUCGCUACCACCACUCACAAAUUCAUAUCCGAAUCCGAUGCCUCGUCGCGGCUCCGAUUUGCAGAGCGUGUCGACUUCUUACUCCUCAAGAGGAAACGAGGGAACACCGCCGAGUCAACGAACAGAUCGCCAAGGUUAUAAUGCUUACUCACACGGCCGCGCUGCUUCGAGUCCAGCGAGUCCGUUAGACCUUAAUAAGUCACGAUACCCGCCGUCGGCGACCAGAACAACGCCGGUGACCCCCAGGGUUUUCAAUACUCGAGAGCCCACAUAUGACGCGCAGUCUUCUGCUUCUGGAAGGAGGCCGUCUAUACCUGAGUCCACCGGAGGCUCGCAGGUACGAGGGCACACAUAUCGCCAAUCGAACUUGUCAUCCUUCUCUACCCCACGAAUCUAUAAUUCUUCCCCGCUUGUAGGAAGAAUGGCUGAGCCGGAAAUCACCCCAGAGCCAGCCACGGUUACAGGGAGCACUGACGAUGGAACGGCAUCUACUACAGCACCGUCGACUGUCUGGGACGAACUGGACGACUUGAAGUCGAGGAUACGAAAACUGGAAUUGACCGGUAAGCCACCGGCGACUUCAGGCGCCGCUGUCUCGCGCGCCACUGGGGAGAGACCCCCGACUGCCACGACCACGGCUACUACGAUAUCGACGUCACCGAAGAGAGGGCGGGGAGCGAGCACGUCUAUUGUGGAUAAUAGUGGCGAUGCUGCUCACGCCGGCGAGGCCCAUCCUUUAUUACAUGCAGCUCUUGCGAAGUCGAAAACAGUUUUGACCCCGGACUUAUACAAGGCACUGGAGAAUGCAGCAUCAGAUGCCCUUGGUGUUGCCUCGAUGGUCGGUAGUGUCGGCCAACCGAUUUCCAGCGGCCACUCCGUGAUUGGGCCUAAUGGGGGAAGUAUAGCGGAUCGACAGCUUCGAAGGAAGGCAGAGAGCAUGUGCAGAAGCUUGACAGAGCUCUGCAUUGCGUUGUCUGAUACCACAUCCCAGCUUGGAGCAGCUACUCCAGUCAGGCCAAUGAGCCGAGGCAAGGAGCUCCAGGCCCAAGUUGAGGAGAUGGAACCCUCUCCCCGCCAGAUCAUUGCAUCAAACGAUGCAUUGGCUAGAGCAAAGCAAAGCCCGAGUCGCGCGCUCAGCAGAAUGGAGGCAAGACGAAGCAGUUUACUCGCCACCAGCGCCCUCCCAAGCCCGCGCUUUACUAUCCCAGACAACGCCAUCCCGAGCCCACGCUUCACCCCUGCCGAGACCACAACACCUACCCAAUCCUCCUCCCUAGCCGGUCGCCGCACCUCGAUCAUGCUCCGCCGCCAGCGCGCCGGGACCGAAGAGCGCGAGACCGACGACGGCGGCGGCGACGUCAAGCCCAGGGCGCCGUCACGGGCAACGACGGAGAUUGGGUUUGCGAGGAACUCGCCUAGGGAGUAUACGAGUCAGCAGCCGCUGCCGGAACGGGCACCGUCGACGAUCUCGAACUUGCCGGCGAGGAGACAGUAUUUCAGUAAUCUGUCGCCGUCGAGUACGAUUCCGACCUUGUCUUCAGCUAGGAGGUAUCUCGAUCGCUCGACGCCGGAGAGGGAUACGAGUAGUGUUGCUGGGAGGCUUGCGGAGGAGAGGGGGCAGAGGCUGCCGGUGAGCGUUACGCAGAGUAUGGAUGCGGGGAUUAAUAGGACGAGGAGCAUGGUUAACCCAAGCGGAAGGGUGAGGGCGAGGAGUAGUGUUGCUGGCGGCGCGGUGGCGCAGACACCUUGAUUUUUUACUUUGUUUUAGUUGCGGAUGAGCGAUGGAGGGGGUGAUGUAUAAACCAUUGUUGCUACAUAGCAUACUCAAGGGACGGGGCGGGUGUACGAUAGGAGUGAUGGAGUUUUCUGGGAGGGGCGGGACGGACAGGGUCGA